UUUCAAAAAUAGUCUCUGGACACUUUUUUUUCAGAGGCCUCGUGUCCAAGAGCACGUUUGAACACGUGCUUCUGAAUACGUGUUCCAACACAGUUUUAAUAUUAGAAUCUCCACCCGCAGAAGCCCGGCCAUUUUGGCAACACUGAUUUUGUUUCUGCGGUCCUGCGGAAAAGACUGCGGUUCAUUCACUGACAAAAGUGGCUGCUGACGUUCACAGCAUCGCAUUCAAAAAUCGGAAAGCAAUUGAAAACUUUGAAAACCUCUCCGGUCCGUUCCUCUCGUGUUGCCAUCUUUUUAGCUAAAUGGCCGGUAAGGAGGAAGAUCUGCAGGACAGCCAGCACGGAGUCAAUCUGGACCGUGAGCAGUUCUGCUGCUCCGUCUGUCUGGAUCUGCUGAAGGAACCCGUCACCGUCCACUGCGGACACAGUUACUGCCGAGGCUGCAUCGAGAGCUGCUGGGACGGGCAGGGUGAGAGGGAGGAAUACAGCUGUCCCCAGUGCAGGGAGACCUUCCAUCCCAGGCCUGUCCUGAAGAGAAACAACAUGCUGGCUGAGGUGAGGGGGGGCCUCUGCUCUAAGGUUGUGGAGAAGCUGAAGAUGAGUUAUCCCCAACCACCGCCUCCGUCUCUGACCCUGGCCGCCCCGCCAGACGUCGCCUGCGACUUUUGCAGUCUCGGACAAAACAAAGCCACCAAGUCUUGCUUGACGUGCUUGGCGUCUUACUGUGACGAACAUGCUGAGCCUCACUACACUGUCCCCGUGUUGCAGAAGCAUGAACUGAUCUCAGCUACGAUGCCAGUAGGGGACAAGGUGUGCACCGAGCAUCGGAAGUUGAUGGACCUCUGCUGCCAGACGGACGAGCAGCUCAUCUGCACCGAGUGCACGGUGGACAAACAUAAAGGUCACCAGUUUGUGUCCGUUUUGGAGUUAAAGGAGACAACAAAGGAACGGCUGGAGAAAGUUCGAAAGCAAGUUCAAGAGAAAGUCCAGCAAAGAGAAGAAGAGCUGGAGACGAUCAUACAGGCAGAGAAGAAUGUUAAGAGCAGUGCCCAGACCUCAAAGGCAGACUGUGCCAAGGCGUUCUCCGAGCUGAUCUCGUCCGUGCAGAACAGACGCAGUAAGCUGGAGCAGCUGAUCGAAGCCCAGGAGAAGAGCGCCCUCGCUCAGGCUGGGGCGCUGAAGCAGCAGCUGGAGAAGGAGCUCGGCGAGCUGAGAGGGAGGGACGCUCAACUGCUGCGGCUUUCAAGCAGCGAUGACGUUGUCUACCUGACACAGCUUAACUCCAUUUCCAUUGCAUUUCAAGACUUUGCACUGGGUGCCGGUCCGCCACGUUCUUUCACAGAUGUGACUGCCUGUGUGACUGAGCUGAAAGCUAAAGCAGACAUUUUGCUGAAGGAGACAUGGCCCAAGAUCUCAACUACGGUCUCUUACGUUGACUUCUCCCUUCCGCCUGCACCCAACAGCAGAGAGGAGUUUUUGCGUUAUUGGCGUCCCCUCACACUGGAUGACACGUCAAACUACAUUAACCUCAACCUGAUGGACAACAAACGUAAAAUCAGGCCUUCACCCAUCCCCUAUCCUACUAAUCCAAACAGAUUCACACAGUUCCCACAGGUUCUCUGCACAGAGGCUUUAACAGAGCGGUGUUACUGGGAGGUGGAGUGGCACGCUCGCACCCUCUCUGCAGCGGUAGCUUACAAAGACGCCAACCGAACGUCGGACGAGUCAGAGUUUGGGAGAAACGACAAGUCUUGGGCUCUAGAAUGCUCAGGAGACACCCUGAAGUUUCGACACAAUGACGUCGAUGUGAAAGUACCGGGCUCUUGCUCCAAAAAGAUCGGCGUGUUCCUGGAUUACCAGGCAGGAAUUCUGAGUUUCUACCAAGCUUCCGACCAAAUGCUGCAAAUCUUUGAAGUCCGGACCACGUUCACUGAGCCUCUUCAUCCUGGUAUUGGUAUGAACUAUGAGUGGUAUGAUACUGGGGUAUUUGCACAGCUGGCCAAAUUGAAAUAGUACAAGAACAUGAAGAUAGUACAGAAAUAGAACCACCGCAGUAACAAUUCUGACAAUGUUUGUGAGCAGCGGUUUGCAGGCGUGGCAAAAAUAAUUCCGUGCAACGGAAUUUCUGUCAAGAACUUGGAAAGUCUCCAAAGCUACAGGUGAAAGGGGGAGGAGUAAUUAAACUCUGUGGUGGAAGGAAAGAACGAGGAAGUCCUUUCACUUGGUUUGAUGUGUUUUGAAUUCCCCAACAUUUCCUCGAUUCGUUCAUGUUGUUUUUCUUGCAAAAUCCAUCCGCAUCAAUUUCUCACAAGAGAAGAAUCAGCAACUCCCCUUGUACUUGUGAAGUCACUUUUAUUUUGCAUUGGUCUGUGGUGGAACCAACUCACACAGAGAAAUGCACAGAACAGAUUUUCUGCUGCCGGAUUUUCUACUUUUGUAGUUUUGAACAGAAAUGGACAAAGUCAAGUUUCUCAGGGUGUUUGAUAUGUAAAAUUGGGUCUUGGGGAAAUAAACAUCUUUUUUCAACAAUUUUUGAAGGUGUUAUGUCAUGAUUAUUGGUAAUACAUUUUAGUGUUGGUUGCUAUCAGAAACGAUUCACCUAAUAACAUUUCUCUGUCUGAGGGGAAAGUGACAGAGUAAGACAAGAUAGAAGCCAACAUUAGUUGUUCACAUCAGCCCAGUUUUACACAUCGAUACAAUAUUAAAAAUGACUAAAAUCAGCCGAUACUAAUAUCAAUACUUGCAUAUUGUGCAUUCCUAGAAAUUAUUGCUAUUAUUAUUACAUCUGUCCAGUGACUAUUAGAAUUUCCAGAGACUUUUAAAGUAAUUUGUCUGUUUUGUUAUUGAUUGAAAGCCUGACAAAAUUAAAGCUGGGGUAUGUAGGUUUCAUAAAAAAAUUUUAUUUACAUGUUUAUUAAAAUGAUCACUGUGUCAUGGUUGCAGGGUGGUAUGAGAAAGAUAAUGUGUG